AUGGAGAAUUCAACUUGAGGGCCGUAUGAAUGCUUGAGGACUAUUGGCACAGGAGGGUUUUCAGAAGUGAAAUUGGCAAAGCAUGUGGAGACAGGGGAAGUGGUUGCAUUGAAGAUUAUGAAGGAGAUGAGUGUGGAUUUGGAAUUGGUUCGAAAUGAGAUCAGUAUUUUACAAGAUCUUAACCAUCCAAAUAUUGUCAACCUUAUUGGUUGGAGUGAAGAGGCCAUCCUAACACAGCCUGAUGGACAAGAGAUUCCAGUCAUGUACAUUGCAUUAGAGCUAGCAACGAAUGGAGAUCUCUGUGAUUUAAUUAUAUUAACUGGAAGGUUCAUAGAAGAUCAUGCUAGGUAUUACUUCCACCAAAUGCUUGAAGGUCUUGACCAUCUUCACAGCCAAGGGAUCUCUCAUAGAGAUCUUAAGCCGGAUAACAUGAUGCUUGAUGAUGAAUUUGACCUGAAAUUGGCAGACUUCGGUUUCUCAUCGAAUCAAGCCUUAAAUGAGACCAGGAGAGGAACUGGAGGAUACAUGGCUCCUGAGAUCUAUACUGGGUUGGAGUAUAGCGGCCCAUGCAUUGACUUGUUCGCUAUGGGGGUCAUCUUGUUCUCCAUGGUUGCUGGAAAUCCUCCAUUUAGGGAAUCUUCUCUCUCUGAUCCUCACUACAAUCUUAUUAGGUCAAAUAGGAUUGAUACAUUCUGGCAUGCCCAUAGUAGGAGCAGGGAAGGUGGUUUGGACUUCUUCUCAGAAGAUUUUAGGCAUCUCAUCAAUGGUCUCCUAUCACUGAAUCCUCAUGAGAGACCUUCACUGGCUGAGAUCAGAGAGCACCCUUGGUAUACAGCUACUAUUCCUACCAAAGAAGAGAUGUUUGAGGAGCUCGAAAAAAGGAGACAGCAGAUCGAAGAGAGCAACAAUCAGAGUGAAGAAGAAGUGCCCGAUACUAGUGAAGGUCAGACUUUAUAUACCCAUCACCAGGUUCAGAGGAGCCCAAGCAACCCUGAGGAAGAGAAGAAGGAAACCUCCAUAAAGAGAAGACUGGUAGAGUUCACUAAAGAGGUUGCUAAGUACACUCGGUUUUAUUCAACUUAUACCGAGAGUGAGCUCUGCAAUACCAUUGCUUGAUUCUGCAAAGAUUACGCAAAAGAAUAUAAAUUUGAUGAUGAAGAGUACAAAGUAACCAUCAAAUUUGAGGCAGAAUUGGGUGAAGUAGACUUCCAAGUCAGCAUUCUCAAGGUUGACGAAAAGAAGCGAUGCAUUGAAGUUAUCAAACAGAGCGGAGACAAGUUUGAUUUUAUUGAAGCCUAUAACAAAGUUAAGAAAUGUCUCGGUGGACAAGCAAAUACUACCCUAAAUGGGUAA